GUCUUGACGUCACUCUCACAACUUGCCAUGAAAACAUCAUAUACUAGGUCUAUCAAGCUCCGCUCCGCGCCAUUUCCACCGUAUUCCUUGUAUUACUUACCAGCUCCCUCAGUGUUAUGGCGAAUGCAGCGGAUGAACUCGAUAGAGUGACACAGAAUCAAGUCCCAUCUCUUCCACAUCUAAAUCAGACAGAUUCAAGUACAAACAUCGCAUUCCACGGAGUCCAAGCGCUCGAUGGCGAUCCAAUGACGCCAAAGACACCAGCAGAUGAAGGAAAGGAAUAUUUUCUCAGUGAACGGAGCGCAGAUGAGCGGCCGAUAUGCGUCUACGAGCUGAGAUUGGAUCCCGAUGGUGGUCCCAACAAAGACCGAUCUUAUAUCCGCCUUCCGCCAGCAUAUACGCCAUAUAUCUUGCGUGUCUCUCUUGACGCAGGCACACCAGCUUCAAAGAAUGGCGUGUUCAAGACUAAUUUUCCUUUGGAUGGCGGCGUGUUCGAACGGAACAAAUUUGUUGAGCGCGAGCUUCCUAGUAACUUCUCGAAACCUAUUCAAGUGGAUUUGCCCAUCUCUCAUGCGGGAGCAUUCAAGUAUUGGGUCGAGUACGACGGUGAAGUUCCUGGAGAACGUGCUAAAGGGAGAGAAGGUUACUUCAAUAUAGAUCCAAUCUUGCGCACCAAAGCGCGAUCCCCGAUUCUUUCGUCAGAUCUGAAGCCACUGACUCCUGCUCAGGGCGGCGCAGUUCUUUCACCAGAAACUGUAUACUUACCUCUUGACGGUCUGGCUAUACUCACUGUUGUCUCGAAAUGGAUGGGCCCAAUUUCCAACUGGCGAGAACACUUCGCAGAGGCAGGCGAUCGUGGUUAUACCAUGUUACAUUGGACACCACUACAAGAACGGGGCUCGAGUGACAGUCCAUAUUCCAUCAAGGACCAGAAACGCUAUGAUCCCUCGAUCUUUAUGGGCAGUGUCGACCCAGGUACUAUCGACGCUCAGGUCGAGGAGAUUCUGCGCGUGGCAAAAGAAGAAUACGGUCUACUUAACUUAACAGAUGUCGUGUUAAAUCACACUGCUAGCGACAGCCCCUGGCUCGUCGAUCACCCAGAGGCUGGGUACAGCCCAGCGAAUACCCCGCAUCUUACUCCCGCUUUGGAACUCGAUACCGCGAUCCUGGAAUUUUCUUCAUCUGUUGCAUCGAAGGGCCUCCCUACACAAGUUCAAUCCGAAGCAGAUAUUGACGUGCUCAUGACUGGACUAGCCAAGUCCAUCAAGGCGCGCGACAUGUGGCAGUAUUAUGUCCUUGAUGUUGAGCGGGAGAAAGAAGUGGUGAAAGGUGCGAUAAAGAAUGGGAAAAUUGUACCAUGGAGUGGCCCCGACGUGGCUGGAAAAUCUAUAAUUGCACUGGCCAAAGUUGUUAAGACCUCAUCUAUUGUUGCAGGUCUCGACGAACUAGGUUCACGCUAUGGCGCUCGCUCAGACGGCGAGAUGGCAGCAGGACUUAUCCAAGCAGCGUGUGUAAACAUCGCAUACGAUGUCGAUACCCUGGUGGAAACUUGGGGUCGCGUGGUUGACGCGAUCAAUGUUCCCCUCUACGAGGAGUGGGAAAAGGACACAAAAAUUGCCCUAGAUCACGUUAAGAGUCGCCUGAAGUAUACUCGGCUGGAGGAGAAUGGUCCAAAGCUUGGUGAGAUUUCAGCGAGUUGUCCUCUCGUGGAGCCAUACUUCACUCGUUUAAUGCCGCCUGGUCCAUUUGACCCGGUGAAAUAUAGCGUCGCCAAUAACGGCUGGAUAUGGGAUGCGGACCCACUUCAGAAUUUUGCCCUCCCACCCUCAAAGGCUUACCUCCGGCGCGAGGUCAUUGUAUGGGGUGAUUGCGUGAAGCUUCGAUACGGGUCGGGGCCGACUGAUAAUCCAUGGCUUUGGGGACAUAUAAUGUCAUACGUGAAGAUGCUCGCAGCCACAUUCGAUGGUUUUCGUAUCGAUAAUUGCCACUCGACGCCGUCGCAUGUUGGUGUUGCAAUGCUCGAUGCGGCACGUGUCAUUAAUCCAAAUCUUUACGUUUGUGCCGAGCUCUUUACGGGCAGCGAGGAGAUGGAUCUGGUAUUCGUGCAGAGGUUAGGAAUCAACAGUCUGGUUAGGGAAGCAGGUAAUGCCUGGGAUCCAAAGGAGUUCUCGAGAGUUAUGUAUCGAUUCGGGCUUGGAAAACCGCUUGGAUCUAUGGACAGCGCAUGCUUGAAAAGCCUGGAACAACUCGAUCCUCCCUUCGGAAAGGGACCAACGCGUCCAUGCAUCAUUAGCCCUCUAAACGGCUCCGUGCCUCAUGCGCUCAUGUACGAUCUCACGCAUGACAACGAGUCUUAUCUUGACAAGCGUUCUGCCGAGCAUGCACUAUCCGUCGCUGGCAUUGUGACAUUUGGUUACUGUGCAGUUGCUUCGGUGAAAGGUUUUGACGAUCUGUAUCCGAAGCUACUGAAUUUGGUUGAAGAGAAGCGGCAAUAUGAGCUAACCCGACUUGGCGAAAACUCGGGCAUUGGAAGGGCAAAAAGAUUGCUCAAUGGCUUGCAUCGGGAAAUGGUUCUUGGUGGGUUCGAGGAGGGCCAUUACUGGCAAGAGGGCAAUUAUAUUCUCGUUCAGCGGAUGCAUCCAACAUCCCAGAAGGGUUAUCUGCUCAUUGCCCACACUGCGUUCUCAAAGGGCUCGAAAGACCGCGGCAUCGUGAACACUGUAGAUUUGGUGCGCACCAGAGCUAGAUUCGUAUAUGGCGCUUCGACAGAGUUUUCGUCAUACGAAACGCCGUAUGACUCUGACACAAUCCGGGGGCUUCCUGGGAAGCUGGUCGAAAUGCCCGAUAUUUCCGUCCCGCAGAUAUCGCAUGAUGAUGCACCGUUCUGCAGGAUUACAGUUCCAGAAUACUUCCCGCCCGGAAGUAUUCUCAUUUUUGAAGUUGAGGUUCAAAACCUGGACGAUGAGUUGGACACCUUCUGUGCCUCGGAUGCAGACAAAGCCUUUGGCGACCUUGACCUCGUUGAUUUGAACGUUGUAUUAUAUCGCGCGGAUGUUGAAGAAAGGGAUGCAACCAGUGGCGAUAUUGGUGUCUAUGAUGUUCCCGGCUUUGGUAAGCUGACUUAUUGUGGGCUGGAGGGAUGGAUGCAUCCUCUUCGGCACAUCAUGAGGUACAACGAUCUUGGACAUCCACUGUGCGAAAAUAUCAGGCAAGGGCUUUGGGCACUCGACUACAUUUGUUCAAGAAUGCACAAGCAAACAAUUCAGUUCCCGAAACUUGUGCAGCCGGCGCAGUGGUUCAAAGAGCGGAUAGAGCGCAUCAAAGCCUCUAUUCCUUCUUAUUUGCGUCCAAAGUACUUCGCUAUAUUGAUAUCUACUGCAUACAAAGCCGCUCGCCGUGCAGCGAUCGAACAAUGCUCUGAGUUCGUGUCCGCAGGGCACGAUUUCACGCAGAGUCUCGCGAUGUGCGCCAUUCAGAUGCAUGGAAGGGUACAAUCCGCAUCCCUUGAUCCGGCCAAAUCCACCCCAUCGCUGGCAGCUGGACUGCCGCAUUUCACCACAGGGUGGGCACGUUGUUGGGGUCGUGACGUCUUCAUCUCUUUAAGGGGGCUGUUUUUGACCACGGGCAAUUUCGAGGACGCCAGAAAACACAUACUCGCUUUUGCGUCGACUUUGAAGCAUGGACUGAUCCCUAAUUUGCUGGACUCCGUCAAGAAACCACGGUAUAAUUCGAGGGAUUCACCGUGGUGGAUGUUACAAAACAUUCAAGAUUAUGUGGCCAGCGCGCCUGAUGGUCUGUCGAUCCUAUCGGAGCCGGUUAAGCGUAGAUUCCCUGUAGAUGACACCUGGGUCGCAUGGGAUGAUCCGCGCGCGUACGCAUACACGAGCACUCUUGCGGAGAUCAUCCAAGAAAUACUUCAGCGUCACGCAAGUGGAAUCGCAUUCCGCGAGCAUAACGCUGGCCCCGACAUUGACAUGCAGAUGAAGGACGAGGGCUUCAACAUAGAUAUUCGAGUCGACUGGGAAACGGGGUUUAUUUUCGGGGGGAAUCAACACAAUUGUGGGACUUGGAUGGAUAAGAUGGGCGAAUCUGAGAAGGCGGGCACUAAGGGGAUUCCCGGGACACCGAGAGACGGCGCGCCGGUUGAGAUCACCGGUUUGCUGAAAAGUACGCUGCGAUGGCUCGAUACGCUGUCGAGCAUUGGAAGUUUCCCAUACAAGGGCGUUGAAGCGACGAUUAAUGGGCAGGAUGCCUUUAUCACCUACAAGGCUUGGAGUGACAUCAUACAAGAGUCCUUCGAAAGAUGUUAUUAUGUUCCCCUGAACGUCGACGAUGACUCGCGCUAUGAUGUGAAUCCUGCUAUCAUCAAUAGAAGGGGUAUCUACAAGGAUGUGUACGGUUCUGGUUCAGGCCGGGAAUGGUCCGAUUACCAGUUCAGACCAAAUUUCCCGAUCGCUAUGACUGUAGCGCCAGAGCUGUUCGAUGCUCAACAUGCUUUGCAUGCACUCCGCCUCGCUGACAACAUCUUACGAAGCCCGCUUGGCAUGAAAACCUUGGACCCCAGUGACAUGCAAUAUCGGUCUCAAUAUGACAACUCUAAUGACACUACGGACCGGUCUGUUGCAAAGGGACUGAACUAUCAUAAUGGCCCUGAGUGGGGUUGGCCGCUUGGAUAUUUCCUCCGCGCUUACCUCUACUUCGACACGCGAUUUGGUGCAGGCAAAGAGGAUACAACUCAGACCCUCCACCAUCUUCAUAAGAUUUUGCUCACCCCUAAACAUCAUAUCCAGAGUGACCCUUGGGCAGGCAUCCCCGAGCUGACAAAUAAAGAUGGACAGCAUUGUGCCGAUUCAUGUAAUACUCAAGCCUGGAGCGCCAGCACGUUGUUAGACUUUUUGGAAGAGGUUCAUGGAAUGGGGUCAUGUAAAUGACUACGAGAAUACGUUUGACAAUUUUUUUUGUAGGAAAUAUUUGUAGUUGAAAAGAAGCGCAUCAAACUUUACACUGUC